AUGUUGAAGCACAAAAAUGAUGAAAUUAUUUUGAUCCUAACAUUUCUUUUACUUGUCUCAAACUUAUGUUGGUUAAUGAGUCCUAAGAGAGUGAAGGAAUGUAACACUACUAGUAGUAAUGGCAAGAAAAAUGUACAAAUUUUCCUACUAGCAGGGCAGAGCAACAUGUCAGGACGCGGCGGAAUCAGAAAAAAAUUUGUUGGAGGAAAUGUUACUGAAGUGUGGGAUGGUUUCGUGCCUGAAGAAUGUAAACCAAAUCGAAAAAUUAUACGAUUUAAUGCAGCUCAAAAAUGGGAAGAAGCACAUGAGCCUCUAAAUUAUGGGAUUGAUUGUUUAGUAAGUUGUGGACUUGGUCCUGGAAUGGCAUUUGCUAAUGAAAUUCUUAAAAAAGACACAAGUUUUGGUGUCAUUGGUUUAGUGCCUUGUGCUAGAGGAGGGACUGGCAUGUAUAGAUGGAAUCGUGGAUCUUAUGCUUAUGAUGAUUUAAUUAAAAGAGCAAAAUUUGCUUUGAAAGAUGGAGGGACUAUUAGGGGGUUACUUUGGUAUCAUGGUGAAGGUGAUAUAAGAAAGAUUAAUGGAUCAAGUUCAUACAAGAACAAAUUUGAGAAAUUUGUUAAUGACUUGCGUAUUGAUUUGAAUUCUCUUAAUCUCCCCAUUUUGAUGGCCGUCCUACCGUACCCGAAAAAGCCAUUUGAAGGGCCAUAUAUAGAAGUGGUGAGAGCAGCUCAAUGGGGAAUCAACAUCUCAAAUGUAAUAAAGUUCGAUGCCAAGGGACUUGAAAUUGGUUCAGAUGGCAUUCAUCUAACUACCCCAGCACAAAUUCAACUUGGUCAUAUGUUUGCUCAUGCUUUUCUUAGCCUAAACAAGUUCACAGCUUUUAGUUUCUUCAAGUUCUUCCCUUCUAAUAUAUUCUCCUAG